GCCACCGAACUGGAAAGACACCCUCGAAAAAAUAGUACCCCAAAAAAAAAAAAUCGAAGCCGAGACAGAUGCUGCGGCGCCUCGCCGGCGGAGCCGCUACCGUGCAUUCGUCGGCGGCGGCGGCGUUCCGGAGGUUGCUCCACAUCGGCGGCAGAGGCGGAUGUGGUGCUGGGCAGCCGGAGAGCGUGUCGUACCGCAUGUCGAUGCUGCGGCGCCCCUCUUCCGUCGGCAAGAAGGGGCUCACCUGGAACUCGUGCAGUCUCAUCGGCCGCCUGGACGCGCCGGUGAGGCCGUACCGCAAUAGCUCCGAUGAGUACCCCAGGGUGUACACCUUCCUCUCGGUUUCCCCCUCGUCGCCCGCAUCCUCCUCGAGCUCGUCCACGUUCAAGGUGACAUUGCAGUUGAUGGGUCAGCUGGCCAAUGUUGGCCUAAAGCAUCUGAAGCACAAUGACCUUGUUUAUGUUUCGGGCUUUCUGAAAUUUUAUCACAAAGUCAGUCCAAGUGGUGAACGGAAUAUUUUCUAUCAGAUUCACGUCACAGAGCUGAAUUAUGUUCUUGAUCAAAAUAAGAAGCCUCAGGAUGAUGAAGACUCAGUACAUCCAUCACCAAUGCUAUCUGCCACCCCUCAAAUGCUAAAAGAGAAAAGGCACAUAGACCAGCUUCACUUGUGGCAAGUCUUCUUUGCCAAUCCUUAUGAAUGGUGGGAUAACCGACAAUCAAAACCAUGGGCCAACUAUCCUGAUUUCAAACACAAGGACACUCGUGAGAAAAUAUGGCUCCAACCAGACGACCCUCCCUGGGUACGAAAGCAGCUUGAAUUACAUGACCUGGAAGUAGCAAAGAAUGGUCACAAGGGCAAUGGUCGGCUCUUAAAAAAUCAUGACUGGAAAGCAGAAGAUUUUGACUAUGAUGAUGAUGAAGUACAGCAUUCCGCGGAAGCAUGAACAGGAAACACAACAUCGUUCACCAAAAAUGAAGAAAAUUCACCAGGCCAUUGAGGAGCCGUGCAUCUCUUUGUCCAAUGAUCUCACUGAAUUGUAUAGAUGGUAAACUUAGUAGUUAGGAUGUGGAUAUUUUUUUUUAACGUAGCUAGUUAUUGGGCUUGCAGGGUUGGUGUGUCUGUGUCGUUUAUUUGUAAUUUAAUUUACAUGUAGGGCGGGGUGCAAAUGCGAUGGAACAUCAAUGUUUUUGCGAGGCCCUAUCAAUUAACAUGCCUCAAAGUUUGUAAAGCUAUAUAACAUGCUUCAAAGUCACACUCUUUCUUAGGAUA